AUGGUCGCAAGUGUCCCCCCGGGAGGCGUUUGGUGCCCCGCCGUCACCUUUUUCAACCCAGACACAGACGAGCUAGAUCUGGAAGCACAGUCCAAAUACUAUUCAUAUCUCUCCAAGACGGGACUGGCUGGUCUGGUCAUCCUCGGCACAAAUGCGGAAGCCUUUUUGUUGACGCGCGAGGAGCGCAAGACACUCAUCGCCGCCGCCCGCAAGGCGAUUGGCCCUGAGUUCCCCAUUAUGGCGGGCGUCGGGGCACACGCGACCAAGCAGGUGGUCGAGCACAUCGACGAUGCCGCACAGGCUGGCGCCAACUGCGUCCUGGUGCUGCCGCCCGCCUAUUUUGGCAAGGCCACAACGCCAGUUGUCAUCGAGAAAUUCUACGCCGACAUAUCCAAACGCAGCAAGCUACCUAUUAUCAUUUACAACUUCCCCGGGGUCUGCAACGGUGUCGACCUCUCGUCAGACAUCAUCACCAGGCUUGCCCAGAAGCACGACAACAUCGUCGGGGUCAAGCUUACCUGCGGAUCCGUGGCCAAGAUCACGCGCCUCGCGGCUUCUCUGCCCAAUUUCGCGACUUUUGGUGGCCAGUCCGACUUCCUCAUCGGCGGGCUCAGCUCCGGCUCAGUCGGCUGCAUCGCGGCGUUUGCAAACGUCUUCCCCAAAACAAUCGUCAGGAUAUUCGAACUCUACCGCCAAGGGAAGUACGACGAGGCGUUGAGGAUCCACCAGAAGGCCGCGCUGGCGGAGCAGCAGAUCAAGGACGGCAUUGGCGCGACAAAGUACGCGGCUGCCAUCCGCAGUGCGACUUACGCCGGAAUCAAGGACGCGGAGAGGAGAUUACAGCCAAGGACGCCGUAUACCCCAGUAGCGGAGGCGACCAAGGCGGCGGUUCGAAAAGGGACCGAGGAGUGCGCGAGGAUCGAAGAGAGCUUACCUCUCCGUGGAUCUGGACGUUUUGGGAAUACUUUUAGUCGACUGUAG